CUGCUUAUCCAAUCAGCGCUAUGUAUAUACUAUCGCGAGAUUUCGAUGAGACUUCAUCCUAUAAGCUCAUGGGAACGAGGAUAGUCAACCCUUUUCGCCAAGAUGGCGCCGAAAGCCAAGAAGGAAGCUCCUGCCCCUCCCAAAGCCGAGGCCAAAGCGAAGGCCUUGAAAGCUAAGAAGGCAGUGCUGAAAGGCGUCCACAGCCACAAAAAGAAGAAGAUCCGCACGUCACCCACCUUCCGGCGGCCCAAGACCCUGCGGCUCCGGAGACAGCCCAAAUACCCUCGAAAGAGUGCACCCAGGAGAAACAAGCUGGACCACUAUGCCAUCAUCAAAUUUCCCCUGACCACUGAGUCAGCCAUGAAGAAGAUAGAGGACAACAACACACUCGUGUUCAUUGUGGAUGUCAAGGCCAACAAGCACCAGAUCAAACAAGCUGUGAAGAAACUCUAUGACAUUGAUGUGGCCAAAGUCAAUACCCUGAUAAGGCCUGAUGGAGAGAAGAAGGCAUACGUUCGGUUGGCUCCUGAUUACGAUGCUCUGGAUGUUGCCAACAAGAUUGGGAUCAUCUAAACUGAGUCCAGCUGGUUAACUCUAAAUAUAUAUACAUUUUUUUUCCACCAUAAAAAAAGCUGUUUGUGUUUUUUUUUU